AAAAAUUAAAAAUCACACACUAGCUAGCUACCCACUAUAAAAAAAACGCAAAAUCUUGGGAGCUAGCUGAGAAUGCCUAUAUAAAGAAAAUCAAUGGAUAUGGAAAUUUAUAAAAAAGAAGCAGAAGAAAUGAUUAGUUUGGUAUGGGAAGAUGUGUCAGUAAUGCCUAGUAACUCGAAGAAGAAGAAGAAGAAGAAGUUUAUUAAUGGAGUUAGUGGGUAUGUUUUGGCUGGUAGAAUUAUGGCUAUUAUGGGUCCUUCUGGCUCCGGUAAAUCUACCUUGCUUGAUGCUUUAUCUGGAAGGCUUGCACCCUCUCUAAUAAUGACUGGAAAUGUAUUGCUGAAUGGAAAGAAGAGAAGCACAAGCUGCAAAACUAUUUCAUAUGUUACUCAAGAAGAUUAUCUCUUAGGAAAUCUUACAGUCAAAGAAACAUUAACUUACUCAGCUCAUUUAAGACUUCCUCGUACAAUGACAAACCAAGAAAUCAAUUCUAUAGUAGAAAAUAUAAUCAUGGAGAUGGGACUCCAAGACUGUGCUGACAGUAAGAUCGGAAACUGGCUUAUAAGAGGAAUCAGCGGCGGCGAAAAGCGGCGAGUUAGCAUCAGUCUUGAGAUGUUAACUCAGCCUCGUGUCAUGUUUCUUGAUGAACCAACUUCUGGUCUUGAUAGCGCUUCGGCUUUCUUUGUUCUCAAAGCUCUUAAGAAUAUUGCGGUUGAUGGAAGAAUCGUUGUUUGUUCUGUUCAUCAACCGAGUAGUUUUAUCUUCGAUUCGUUUGAUGAUUUAUGCCUUCUUUCGGGUGGCGAAAUGAUUUAUUUUGGAGAGGCGAAGACGGCUAUUGAGUUCUUCGCGGAGGCUGGAUUUCCUUGUCCCACAAGAAAAAACCCUGCUGAUCAUUUUCUUCGAUGUAUCAAUUCGGACUUUGACAAGUUAUUUUCAUUUCGAACACGGUCAGAAAAUGAUUAUAGAUCGUCAGAUUCUGAAAUGAAAUUGAAAAUAGAAGACAUCAAAGCAAUACUUGCCGAAAAAUACAAGAACUCUGCAUACUCGAUACAUACAAGGAAAAGGAUCCGGGAGAUUGCACUUGUUAGUGACGAGCAUACGAGCGAUAUGAAGAUGAGCAGAAGCAGUUGGUGGAAGCAGCUGAACGUAUUGACGAAAAGAUCAUUUGUGAAUAUAAUGAGAGAUAUGGCAUACUAUUGGAUCAGGAUAUUGUUCAGUAUUUUAGUAUCGUUGGGCGCAGGAACAAUGUUCUACGAUAUAGGCUUGUCAUUCACAUCGCUCUUAUCAAGAUCGAAAUGUUACACUUUUUUUUACGACUUCAUGCUUUGCUUAUCGGUUGGAGGCUUGCCCUCGAUCGCUGAGGAAUGGAAGGUGUUGUCGUAUGAAAGAUUAAACGGGCAUUACGGAGAAGGAGUGUUCGUGAUAGCCAACUUCCUCUCGACGUUCCCUUUCAUAGCGCUAACCGCUGUAUCAUCUGCGGGUAUAAUAUAUUACAUGGUGAAAUUUCAUAUGGGAUUCUCCAUUCUCUGUCAUUUCUGUAUCAACCUAUUCGGAUGUAUCGCUAUAAUGGAAACUGUAGCUAUGAUUGCUGCAUUGCUUCUACCCAACUUUCUGAUGAGUGUAGGAGCUUCAGCUGCCAUUAUUAUGUUUUUGACAAUUCCAGCUGGACUUUAUAGGCCAGCCAUUUAUCUUCCGAACUUCUUCUGGCGCUAUCCCAUGACCUACAUCAGCUUUACUACUUGGUCUGUCCAGGGCCAAUUCAAAAACGACAUGGUCGGACUUGAGUUCGACCCCAUGGUGCCAGGAGACCCGAAGCUCCAAGGAGAGAAAGCGCUCGAAAUGUAUUACGGCAUCGACUUAAAGUGGUCGAAAUGGUGGGAUUUGGGUGCAGUGUUAUUGUUGCUGUUGAUUCACAGGGUUUUCUUCUUUUUGGUACUAAAAUACAGGGAAAAAAUGGUAUUACUAUUGAGUAGAGUCCGUGUUAAGAAAAAUAUCAAACAUUUGGCAGAGAAGUCUCCAUCAUUUAGAAGGGAUAGUUUCUCUAAGAGACACCAACCUCUUCAUUCAUUGUCUUCUCAAGAAGGUCUUUCAUCACCAUUGCCUUAGCAAUUUAUUGUAUGUAUAUUUCUUAUAUUUAUUGUAUGUUUGUAUUAUUAGUUACAGAGCAAAUAAUUGGCAAGAUGCCUAGUUAUUUGUUUUCCUGUAUCUAAUUAAUUGUAAUUACAUUCAUUAAUAUUGUAUUGAGCCGGAAAACUGCAAAUAAUUUCCUUCAAUUUUAUCAAA